AUGCUGCGCGCCUUGUUUAUCUGGCACCCGGGGGGAGGGAAGGGAAAGGAGGGAGGGAAACGGGCAGGACUGGGCUGGAGGAGCAGCUGCAGUGCAGUGUCAGGAGGAGAUGAGGAGAAGGGAGACAAGGGAACGAGAGGGGAGAGGGAAGGAGGGGAAAGUGAAAAGAGUGAGACAGGAGGAGGAGAGGAUAGAGUGAUGCCGCGCCUGCCGCUGCGGCUCGCCUGCCGCCGCCGCUCCCGGGCUCUCGUGCCCUCCCUCAGUGACAGGCUCGUGCGCACGGGGGUGGGGAGCAGAGCAGAGCAGAGGGGGAAUCUCUGCCCGGGAGGCACCGCUCCUCUUGCGCUCCAGCAGCACCGCCGGGCGCACGGGCGGCUGCCUGGCUGUGCUCACUGGCCGUGCCUGGGCUGGGGGCCGCCGCCUCCGACUAUACCGCAGAAACCCGAGACGCAGGAAAGGUCUGCAGCUGCGCGGGAGGACGGCCGAGAUCGCCCGAGGAGGCGGUGGGGCGGCAGGGACAUGUCGUCCCUGGGGCGGGCUGCACCAUCUCAGCGCCGGCCCGGACGGGGUCCUUCAGCGGGCGAUGGGCUGCGGGGGGGUACAGCGCGGUCGCGCCGGGAGCCUCUGUCUCGCCAGACUGCAUCGCGCAGGCUUGUAGCGAAAAUAAUAAAGAUCUUAUUUUUACACUGUGACAGCCGGGCUAGCAGGAGCUGCGUGACACAGAGCGGCGUUUCUGAUGUAAAGAUUUCGUAGAAAAGUUCAAAGACGUUUCACUGCGACGAAGGUUAUUACUGCUUAUAGAUCCCAAAUUAUUCCGGUUGAAGCUAAAUA